GCGGCGGUCCCGUCGCGGUGCCGGUGCCGUCCGGUGGCGGCGGGGCGAUGCCGUUCCCGGGCGGGCUGUGGUGGCUGCUGUGCUGCCGACAGGGCUUCACGCUGCUGCGACGGGACUACGGCGAGACGGACCGGGAGGCGGACGGCGAGGCCGAGGAGGAGGCGUCCUUCGAGCUCCGCGCCCAGGGAGACCAGGGGUCCCUGGAGGUGAGCCUGAGCCAGCCCACCCGCAGCAGCAGUGGCUCAGAGCGGUCCCUGCUCGUUGCGGAGGAGAUGCGCAGCCUCAUCGUGGAGAAGGGCCCGGGGCCAGUGGAGGAUGAUCCUGAUGUUCUAGUAAAAGGCUGGCUGCAGCGGGAGGUGCGGGGAGGCGUGAGGACCCCUUGGAUCCGGCCUCGGAAGUACUGGUUCGUGCUGACACCUGACUCCCUGGACUACUACAGCAGCAAUGAGAAGGGGGCCCGGCGUCUGGGUUCCUUGGUGCUCACCAGCCUCUGCUCUGUGCUCUGGCCAAACAAACAGACCUACAAGGAGACGGGUUACUGGAGUGUGACGGUGUUUGGCAGGAAGCAUUGCUACCGCCUGUACACGGAGCACCUGAACGAAGCCGUGCGCUGGGUCUGUGCUGUGCAGAAGGUCAUCGACAGCAAAGUGCCCGUCCAGACACCCACUCAGCUCCUCAUGCGUGACGUUGAGGAGCACUGUGGCAGUCCUGAGGUCCUGGAGCAGAUCUACCGCUGCAACCCCAUCCUGCGCUACACCAGCAGCCCCCUCUACGCUCCCCUGCUGCCCUUCCCCUAUGGCAGCCUGGACCAAAGUGCCCCUGCCCCCCGCAGCUACACCACGCUGCGUGACGAGGCCGUGAAGCUCUUCAACUCACUGCAGCAGCUGGAGUCAGAGCGGGACCCAGUGCCACUGAUGCAGGGCGUUCUGCAGACCUGCCUGGACCUGCCACCACUGGUGGAUGAGAUCUACUGCCAGCUGGUGAAACAGACCACAGAGCCGCCAGUGGCAGGCGGGCCGGGCGACCUGCACUACUGGCAGCUGCUUACCUGCAUGAGCUGCACCUUCCUGCCCUCCCCGCCCGUCCUGCGCUUCCUGCACUUCCACCUGGACAGGACGGAGAGCCGGUUCCCCACCUCGGAGAUGGCCAAGUAUGCCUGCUUCAUCCGGGAGGCACUGGGGAAGACGAAGGGGAGGGAGUGCGUGCCCUCCCUGGAGGAGAUCCUGGUACUGAUGAGGCGGCAGGAGAUGAUCUGCACUGUGCACUGUCCGGGAGCACCCGCCUGCAGCGUGGCCAUCAGCUCCCACACCACGGCUGAGGAGGUGGCCCAGGAGCUGGUGUCACGCCUGGGGCUGUCCCAGAGCCCCAACAUCUUCGCGCUCUAUGAGCAGUCCCGGCGGCGGGAGCAGCUGGUGGGCAGCACCACGCUGCUGGCCGACGUCCUCACCAGGUUUGAAAACCUGGCUGGGGAGGAGCAGGACCCGCCAUGCCGGCUCUGCUUCAAACACUACGGAUUCCUGGACACAGAAAACGUCCCGCGCGACAGCCUGGAGUUCUCCCUCCUCUUUGAGCAGGCACACGAGAUGGUGCUGCGGGGCUACGUGCCCACGUCGGAAGAGACGCUGCAGACGUUGGCUGCGCUGCGCCUGCAGAGCCUCAACAGCGACUUCUCUUCCCGGGCACCCUUCCCACGCCUGGAGGAGCUCUUCCCGCCCCAUGUGCUGCACGCCCGCUUGCCAGCCCCCCACCGCCAGCCCCCCAACAAGUGCCGGGGGACCCGGCUGCGUGCGGGGCUGCUGGCCGGUGGGCUCUGGGGACAAGCGCUGGCCAAGCAGCGAGCAGAGCGGGACCAGCGCCUGCGCGGCCGCCUGCGGGAGGAGGGGGCCAGCACCAUGGCUGCCAUCCUGGAGAAGUGGAAGCUGCUGCAGGGCAUGGGCAGGCCCGAGGCCAUGGCUGCCUAUCUGGCACUGGUGCGGGAGUGGCCCGGCUUCGGCUCCACACUCUUUGACGUGGACCUGCGGAUGGUGAGGCCUCAGCUGGGCAGGGAUGGGGCAGGGGACAGGGGUAGGGGGGCAGCCCUGAUGCCCCUCUCCCUGCAGAGCCCGGUGGGGGACAGCCCGCAGCGGCUGUGGCUGGGGAUCGGGGCCAAGGCCGUCUCGCUCUACAAGCCGGGAGAGCCUGAGCCCUUGGACAGCUUCGGCUACAGCUGCAUCUCCUCCUUCGGUGCCUCUGACAGCAGCACCUUCCGCCUCUCAGUGGAGGACCGGGAUCUGCUCUUCGAGACCUCCCAGGUGGAUGAGAUCGCCCGGCUCCUCCACACAUACCUUGCCUCUGCCGGUGUCCGGCGGCCACCCCAGCCCCAGGAGCCAGCCACCAGCCCCCCAGAUCCCACUGUGCCACCCCGGGGGCUCUGUCCCACAGCCGGGCCCUGGCAGCACCAGCCACCGGUGGGCUCCUUCCACAGUUAGCCUGGUGGCCAUGCAGGGUGCUCCCAGUGGGGAAGCUCUGCCAGCUGCUCCCCGCAGCGGGGGCAUGGGGGCUUGUGCUUCCUGCGCCAUUGUUGCCUUUCUGGUUAUUUCCUUAAUUUAUUUCGAGACGCCUGUGCCCCCCACGUCUCCCAGCACUUUCCCUGGAGGGUAGCAGGGCCACCGUGCUGCGAUCCCACCAUGCCAUGGCCCCCAUGCUGCCCCCAGGCCUGUCCCUGUCCCCUGUACCCUGGUGCCUUUGCCUCCAGCAUUCGUGCUGCCUGGCAGCUCUGCCUGCAUCCCGGUUCCUGCUGCCUGGGGGGCUCUUCCCAGUGCAGGGGGGGCUGGCAGUGGUGCUGUGCCAUUGUCUGUCUGUCCGUCCGCUGAACCCACCCUCCUGGAAAGCUGCGGGCGGCUUUUGGCUGAGCUGCUCCGGGGACCAGCAGGCUCCUGGUGGCUGUGUGGCUGGUCCCUGCCGCUUUGUGGUGGCCCCGUGGGUGGGCUCGUGGUGCGGGGGUGGCUGGCGGGGUGGCAGCUGGUACGGUUGGGGCUCGGCCCCUUAUUGUUGCCUCUGUAAAGUUUGUCAGUUCUGUCUUGGGGAGGGGGGGGUUGUUUGUUUUUCUAAAUAAAUGCCCAAAGGAA